AAGUUGCCCUGUUUUUUGCCAAUGGUCCAUCGCAGGAUGAUGUUGCCAUCAGCACAGCUGUGCUUGAGUUGAGUGCUCUGGAUAUCACUCCAGUGGUUAUUGCCUUCAGUGAGGUGCCAAAUGUCAGACGUGCCUUCUCUGAUAAGCAGGAGCAAGAAUAAGUAUUUCCUUUACUUAGUAUAAGCAGAUUACAAUUCUGAAUGCAUGUGGUGACUUUACAUAAAUCAGUCUUCAGAGCAGAAGACUUUAAAAGAGCUGCUUAGCAGAGGGAAAGGCAAAAAAUUCACUGCCCAGCACCCCUUUAAGUUUACAAUGAUGGCAAGAUUGAUGACACAAGAAAAUUUCAAUUAUUUGUUUGGGAAAGACAACAAGAUGAAAAUUUGGAGGAUAUCACAUAUUGUACAUUGUGCUUUGAUGGAUAUGGAUAUAACUUACAUCAUGGACAGCUCUCGCAGCGUUAGCAGUGAACAGUUUCAGAGAGCCAAAGACUUUGUGAGCAACAUGGUGGAUCAGUUUGUCGUUUCCUCACAGCCAAAUGAAUCAUAUGGAGGCAUCAGAGUGGCACUGGUGCAGCAGGCUCCCAGGGGCUUCCUGCCUGACAGAAACCAGACACCUGUGGCCUUGGAGUUUGACCUAGUCACAUACAGCAAUAAAGAUUUGAUGAAGAAACACAUCCAAGAGUCUGUUCACCAGCUGGAAGGGCCAUCAGCCAUUGCUUCUGCUCUACAGUGGACAGUUGAAAAUGUAUUCUUUAAAGCCCCCAGACAAAGAAAACACAGAGUCAUAUUUACGAUAGUCGGAAGCAAAACAAGCACUUGGGACAGAGAAAGGCUGAGAGAGAUUUCACUCGGAGCCAAGUGCCAAGGAUUCACCUUAUUCACUCUUGCACUUGGCAGUGAUGUGAGUGACAAUCAGCUGAUGGAGCUGUCAAGCUCCCCCACAGAUCAGCACUCACUGACACUGGGCAGGUUUUCCACACCGGAGAUGGAGUAUGCUCAGAGGUUUAGCCGGGCAUUCCUAAAUCUUCUACAACAAGAAAUGAACAGUUAUCCUUCACCUGAACUUCAAGAAGAGUGUGAAAACUUAGAUCGGGGAGACAUACAACAGGAAGCAUCCAUGGCUGAAAGGAUACCUUUUCCUGGAAUGGCUGAAAGUGGUUCCAGUCAAGUUUUAGAAGACAUGGAAAAAAAUGAAAGCAGAGUUAUGAAGAGUGUGAAAGAGAAUGGCAAAGAACCUGUAUACACAGUGCCAGAAAUGAGAGAUGAUUAUGAGGAGAAUGAGUAUUUCAUAGAGGAAAAUGCUAGAAGGGAAAAGCCUCAAGAGUGUGGAAAAGCUCAGGAGAAGAACAAGAAAAACUUAGAGACAACAGCAGAAACUAGAAGUGGCUGUAACGAUUAUGAUGCAUGUGACCUUGUUCAAGAUAGUGGAGAAUGUCAGAAUUACAUUUUGAAGUGGUACUACGACAAAGAGCAGAAAAUGUGUGAGAGGAUGCUCAGAGAGAACCACCAGGACCAAAAGGAAGACAAGGUAACAUGGGAUAUCCAGCUGUGUGCAGAUAGCUGCUGCAGUGUCCUCUUUGUGGCUUUGCCUAGGAAACACAUGGGAGAUCUAACUGCAAGCAUUAAUUCCUGUGUUUAGGUGUUUUUUAUUCUUUUUUUUUUUUCUGGUUGGUUGGUUGGUUGUUUAUGUGAAAAAUUCAUGCACAUGUUUAUUAUUUCAGGAACAAUGGGGAAGAUGGGAGUGAUCGAAUUAGAGAAGAGAUACAUUAUUUCCUUUCUUUUGCCUUCUUGACCUCAAAGUUGCUGAGUGGUAAAAAUGAAAUAAUAUACCAUAUUUUGUCUCUAAGAGAUCUCUUGGGGUUCCUGGAAAGAACGGAGAAAAGGAUGACUUUGGAUAUCAGUAACAUUUAGUCAUCUUUUAUUGGUCAGGGUUUGGAUUUAAGGACAAUAGUAUGGCUAUUUCAUGAAACUGUCCCUGUGAGAAAUGUCUUUAAUAAACUCUCAAGCACAAGGCACAACUUUGUACCAAAAAGUUAUUCGUACUUCUUUUUGUUAGAAUUUCUAUCAGAAGAGAUAUUAUAGGACAUAAAAUACUUUUUGCUCUUCUGCAAAAGAGCAAACUACUGAUGAAUAGCCAGUGGGUAGUUUUGAAAAUAGGGUAUACAUUCAGAAGAAGAGGCCAGUGUAAGACAGGGAAAAAAACAGACAAGAUUGUUGUAGUAGUCUUUAUCAGAAGGUGGUUUUAAACACGUGUGCAAUGCUCUAAAAUAACUACUUGGUAUCUCACUUCCAGAUAAAACUUUCUUACCCUUUCUGUCUGUAUGGAAAUACUGAAUGAUCCACAGAGCUAUGUGUAUUCCAAAUAAUGCACAGAUAAAACUGAAAGUUUUAGGUAUUUAUAGCUUGCAUGUAAGUAUUGUUAGAUAUAUAAAAUUUCUUUUUUCAUUUAUUUGGGUCAACUUCCACCACCAGGCCUAGUGCUUAGCAAGUCUUUCCUGGUGACUACAGUAUUGAAUGAUUUUUAGUGUCCAUACACAAGAUUUUAUUUCAAGAACAUUAACACUGUAUAAUUUCAGGAUUACUGUCCUUGAAUUGUUUUUGCUGGUUCUUUUUGUGCCUGCAGUGCUCAAUGCUGAAAUCAGACUGAAUAGAUAGAUCCUCUGGAAUCUUCAUUGACAUCUGUAAAUGCAAGGAAGUAUGUUACACAUAGGAGGAAUAUGUAAAGAAAAAGUUAAACAUUUUUGAUACAAUGAAUCCCAACAUAUUACUGUCUGUUAGGUCACACAAAAAAGCCUUAGCACGGCAAAGAUUUGUUGUCAUUUAGAAACAGAUCAAUUGUGAACAACAUGCUUACAAUGGCUUGCAAUGAAAAUAAUGAUACAAAGGACCUCAGGUAAACAUUUUUAAUAUUCACAAGUGGAAAAAAACCCAGCAUUAUUGAUUUCAAUGUGUUAAUUGAACUUUUUGUACAUGUUGAUUUUUAGGGUCAAAAAGGACAGAAAAACCAGGAAACUAAGAGUCUUCCAGUGAUGAAUAUACUGAAAGCAUGCUAUGUUGUUUAAUUAUAAGAGACUGGAUGUGUAACCAGCUGAGGAUUGAAGUCAGAAUGUUUUUCAUAACAAUAAUUUUUCUUACAGUAAGGCUAAAUGUGAAGGAUAAAACCCCAAUCAACUCUCAAAACAAUGAAAAUUGCAUGAAUAGGACUCAUCUGUGAAAUUUAAGCCUGCACUUUAGGCUUCAAACAAUAAGGCUCCUUAACAUCUGUACUCUUUGUGGAUGCAGAGCUAUCACCACAGAAAAAGCUGGUUUGCUCUGCUGAACACCAUGGUUUGGUGACACUGUGGGCAGAUCUCUGACCCAAAGCUUUCUUGGAGAGUAAAUGACUGAAUGGACUGAAUGCCUGAUUCUCUGUACAUAUCUCAAGCAAAGUCCGUGUUACAAACGCACACAAUGCACCACCUCACUAAGUACUCCUGUGUUCAUGCAUGGCUUUUUGUUCUUAUCCACAGCCAUGUGAACUCAUUACCUACAUCUACAAAGACAGCUAUAAAUAUUCAAUUGUGUUUUGAUAUUGUAAAGCUGAGUAAUCCCUUUCUUCCCUGAUUUAUUAAUAUCACAUUGGUUCUGUGUUCAGCACUCCUCUGAAUGUGUGAUCUUAGCAGGCAGGUGCUUGAAAGAUGAGGGCUCUCAGCUAGGGCUGAGAAUGCAAAAGUAUUUUUUUGCUUGUUUAGAUUACUGUAUUUUACUGAAGUUACUGUAGCAUAAUCCAUUAGAAAUGUUAAGGGUCUUGGUAUCCAGUGGUUCCAGUUACCAUGAGGUAAGUUUGCAUUAUUUUUCCUAGUCUAUCUAUCUAUCCUAUUUCCUUAGCAGGUGACUGUGCCAAAUACUGUGAGUUUCUGCAACAAGAAGUAUGCUUACAUCUGUAAACUCUGAGAGAAACCUCUCAAUGAAAAUAUUUGGUGUGGAGCAGGCCCAGGUCCUGCUUGUUCUUUUACUCUAUUCUCCAAUAAAACCAGAAGAGGUUUAGCAAGUGUACAUAGCAGUGGAAGACAGUAAUGCAUCUUAAGUCUCUGAAAGAUUUAAAAUCUACAGAUUUUAAAAAAUAAAUUCAGAGUGUUCCAACAGUGAUUUCAGCUUUGUUUCAAAAACUCUUUAGAUGCAACAUUUUUCAACCAAACUUUCUUUUUUUCUUUCUUUAACUUUCUGGAAUGUGAAUACAUCUUGCUCCUAUGUUACUGAUACUAAUGGUACUGUUUAUUUGUCAAAUUGACCUAGCAUUGAUAAGCUAUGAACUACUUUGCUUAUGUAAUGGUAGGCUCCACUCAACCAAACAUUCUGAGCUGUGUGUUUCCUUCACAGGUGUUAAAUCCUUCAUAGAGCCAGGUGUUUACUGAUCUGCAGCUUCAGCUUGCUCAUCCAUUUGUAGUACUUGGUCCGUUCCUGCCCAAAUGGGUCUGAUACCAGUUAUGUACAGGAAAUGAUAAUGGAACCUCUGUCCUAUACUGAAUUUGGCUGGAAUGGUGGUCAGUAAUCUCCACACUUCACUAGUGCCAGAUCUUUCCAUAAGGAUGAACAGUUGUCUGGAGACAAAGUUCACAAGCAAGAAUGUAAGUGAACCAAAAAGCUACCACCAAGUGACCUGGAAGCCUGACAGGAGUUCUGUCCCAGACAGGUGAGGACAACUACACAUCAGAAGAGCUCAAGGAAAAGUGCAAUAGACUCCACUUUCAGAAUAAAAGAGCUGUGUAAGUCCAUUAAAUAAUUAUUCGGAAAUUAGGGGUUAAUAGUGGAUAAGAUUUGCUUUCAGAACACUGUUCUUCAUGGGUAUUUUCAACAAGUUUUUCGUUGAUUGGUAAAAGUCUUCUUGAUUUGCAAAGAGAAAGAGUGGAACUGGACUAUAAAAAACAUAGUAGAAAUUGAUGUCAUACCAUGUUUGAAAAAGUCUAAAAUUGUUGUGCAUAAUUAAUGGAAUCACUUGUGUUAUUUCUGUGUUUUAAGUACACCUUCACAGUCACAUGAAACUGGUCAUUGGGCCCUUCUGAAAAUUUCCAAGUGCUGUAACAUAUUAAUAUUAAAAUGCUACAUUUUGUUGUUGUUACAUGAAGACAUAAACACAACGAAAAAAGAGAAGUCAAAACUGAGGAAAACAGUCACCGGUGGCAGCCAGUUUUAUGAUUUCUCCUGCCAAAGGCAUUCUGAGACUGAAUCAAAGUGCAAAGGGCUUUCUGUCAAUACAGAGAUUCACUAGAGAACUGCCCACUAGGACACACAGUGGAAAGGGCUGCAAAAUGACUGCAGAGCCAGAGUUCUGAUCAGCAAAAAAAGGAUGAAGGCAUUAUGAAACAUGAAGUUUUCAAGCCAUUGUCUUCGGGCUUAUUUCCCUGAAGCACAACUAAGACCUAUGUGAAAGUUCCUAACAUUUUCCUGGUUACCAUUACUACUGUAUGGAAGAAUCUCUGUUAUGUAGGCAGGCACAUUGUCUUACAGCUACUUGUUAAAGCAGCUUUACCAUGAACCUGGAGAAGAAUUUGAAUUUUUGCAUUAGAAAAUAUGGUGAUAAUGAUGAGAAAAACCAAAUAUUUUGAAAGCCUACUCUUGGAGUAAAAUGGCUACAACAGCUGGUUGAGAGUUCUUGUUUCCAUUUUCUUAUGUUUAGAAAUACCAUCUCUUAUUUGCAGUUACCUGUUUUGAGUUUUCUCUAGCAGCAGUUCACAUUACAACGGAUCAUGGCUGAUAAUAGCAGUAUUAUUGACUUGUAACAAUCAACUUUGGUUUUGUCCCUGCUUCAAGCUGUUCUUUUCAUUACUUUUCUCCUUCUCUAUUUGCAAGUGAAUGAUUCACAUAAGCCUCCAUCCAUUUUCUGAGUGAAUCCUCUCUAAGGGGGACAAAAAGCCUGAUGCUUUUCCACUCACCUGCUGAGAGCUAGCCUUUUAAAGUACAAGGUUGUGUUUUGGCUUCUCUCAGCUCCAUGCUGUUUCCAAGAUUUAGGUGAAUAAAAACUGAACUGCAGAGAAGGUAUCAGAAUAGUCAAUAGCUGCUUAGCGAAAAGUAAUGUAUCUUCUUCAAGAAAAAGUCCUACAAAUCAUUCUUAGCUUUUUCUUGAAUUGCAUUUCCUGAGAAUGAGUUUUGGGGUUUGCAAUCAAAUGUUAAAACAUGCUUUGUAACUUUUUCUAGCUUUUAUGCCUUUCCCAAGGUGUGAAUUUCAACCACAGGUACUAUGUUAUAAGAAGAAAGUUGCCAGCACCAUAAAGGGAUGAAAUGUCUUUUCCUUGCAACUUCCUGCUAUUGGUUAUCCCUUCACAAUGCAUCAGCAAUGCUUGCUGAAAUAAUGAUCUGAUGAAGGCUCUUUUAAAAAUUUGCAGAUGAAUAGUCAUUUUCAGCAGUUUUCUAUGAAAAAGGAGGCCAGAAGGCAGGGAUUUCAGGUCCUUCAGACAGAGAGUUAGAGUAUAUAAAAUUAUUUGCAGGUGGAGUACAUGGAUUCUCCUAUUUCCAUAUCUUCGUAUCUUUAGCUUUUAAUUUUUUUCUUUUCCCAUGCAGCCUUCAGAGGAAAAAGGGGGGUUAUGAUUUGCUGUUAGGGACUACAGUGCUCCACAGUGAGGAGAGAUGUGUUAUUCCCAUCUAUUUCUA